AUGCCUAUCACAGGCCUUCUAGUUCCAGUGCUCCCAGUAGUAUAUAUGAUUCGUAUUUGUUUGGCAUCCCUCUUUUGCUAUAGUCUUCGUGUCUAUCUAUAUUCUAGUAUUGGUUUUGUAUUUUCAGAUCUUGUAACGGUCGUUAUCGGGGCUUCUUCGGUUUCUGGUUCGGGUGGGAAAAUUAUUCCCCAUUCCAGCCCAGCUACCUCCUCGUCGGAAGAUUCAUUCGGAAUCCAGGUCCUGUCGGAGCCUUGGCCCGUUAUUCACAAUGAGACCCUUGAAUCCUCCAUGAGGAAUAGAAUUAGGGUACUUGAAAAUACGGAUUGCAUUUUUCUCCUUGAUAAGGAGAAGGGGGAAUAUUGGGAAGAAGUCAAAAGAAACCUCGACUCUUGUCCUUCUCAACAAGAAUAUAACCGAGUAAUAGAGUUUGAGAGUCGCGAUCUCCAAAUCAGAGAACUACGACAUAAUAAAUGUUUAUCAAUCUUUCAACAGCUACUGCGAGAUAAUCCAACCUUGGCGGAUAGGGCCAUUUACAAUCCGCAAUCAGCUUUUGUUGAUUUGUUAGACGACAACCGAACGGAAAUUGAUGAACAAGUCGGAAGUCCCUUAGAGAGAGACCGCCGCGAGCCGCAAAACCAAGUUGAUUGAUUUGGCGCUCGGGUGUUGGUUGUUCGGUUUAUUUUAUUUUAACUUUGCUUCAGCAUGCGUUAACAGCUGCUUGGGGUACGAUGACAAAGAGAAGUUCGGCUUGGCUUUCCAGGCUUAAAGAGCCUUGUUACUAUGUACUACCUUCUCGCUUCUCCUUCACUUUAAAGCCUCUAUCUUUCAGCACUAUGAACUCUAAGUCACGGUACGGGCCCUUUAUAUAUAACUUGUACGAGAAGUAGGGUAGGUGUAGUACGUACGCAUAUAUAUAACUUGUACUUGAAGCACGGUAGGUGUAGUACGUACGCAUGGAGUUCUCGCAUGGACUGACGCCUAGGAGUGAGAGGGUUGUGCUAAAUGAAGAGCUCUAUUCCAGUCCAUAAAGUGAGGAAUCAGGUAGCACGACUUAAGGGUCGAUCUUAAUAAAGAAAGGAGAGAACAUACCUAUUGAAGGAAAAAG